AUGGGAUGCUGCAACGGCCGAACUGGAGGUGCUGAGCUUACUCCAGCCCAAGAACUUCCUGAAGAAGAAAUUGUAAUUCAUCAGCAAGAAAAUGACAAUCCUUUUUCCGAUAAAUCUGCCCAGACCCUCACAAAUGAGUUUUUACUUCAAGGCAAAUCAGGAAGGCUAACCUUUACCCAGCUAGAAAUUGCAUGUAGAAAUAUAGGCAUCCAGGUCGAUUUAUUAACAAGCUCAGAGUCCCAAUUUGCUUCUUUUUCAAAUGAGCUGCUGGAUGAUAAUGGGAAUUUUAUCACAAAAAAGCUGUAUUUGUCUUCUCUGCUUAUAGGACAAGGCAGCUUGACUGAAAAAAUUAAACUACUUUCGAAAUAUUUUGAAUUAGGUGGUGAAAACGGCUCAAUCACUGAAAAUAAUGCCCAAAAGUUAAUUGAAGAUCUAAUUGAAGUUGCAGUGGUCAUAUCUCCACAUUUAGCAGAAGGUGAAGGAAAAUUAACUGAAGAUGAAAUCAAAAGGUUUUCUCAAGAAUUAAACAAAAAUAAAUCAGGUUUAGUCAAAAAAUUGGCAGCCAAAAUUAUGGGGUCAGAGGAGCACAUAGAUACUAAACAAUUUAUAGAUAUAUUGUAUUAGAAUAUUUCUGAGGGUGCAGGCCCAAUGAUAGUGCCUUUUUUGAUAGUGUGCAUUUCACUGAAGUACUUUUGGUCUAAAAAAUGGGUUGAAACUUUUUGAUAGUUAUACAUUUGACAGAUAAAGCCGUAAAAUUUUGACCAAAUGCAUUUCGGCGAAAUGCGCACUGUCAAAAAUCCUUUGUCACUUGGCAUAGAACCAUUUCUGAUAUCACAAUUAUUGAUAUUGAUCUUAUAUUACACUAAAUUUGCAAUAUAUGCUAGUCCUAAAACUUAAGUCAGUAUAGUAUAAAUUUUUCAAAAACGAAGAUCUACAGCAGCUCUUGACAACAACAGGCAUAAGAUCAAUGCUUCGAGACGAAAAUGCCAGAGUUAUCUCUGUAAGAGAUGAAGUGAAAAGCAGCUUUGACUUUUCGAAAGCUAAAAAAUCUUUGCAGGAGCCCUACACAACAAAAGGCAACCCAGAGCUUGAAGAAGAAAAAAUAAUAGAGAAUACAACACUUGAUACAAAUCGAACAAAUAAUAAGUCAAGCGAAAUAAGUCUAAGUGCAAGAAGUGCUCAUUUUAACUUUGAAAGUGAGAUUGUUGAAGAACAGACUGCAGGGAAACAUGAAAAGAAAUCUUUGAUAGAAAAUAAGGAUUCUGUUCAGCCUUCUAAGCUGGAAACUCAAAGAAAAGAAGAAAAUUCAAGCCUGAAAAGAGAUAAAGAAGCUAUAGAAUCUAAAAGAGAAGAAGAAGAUUAUAAACAAACUUCUACUACCCAAAGUUUGGAGAAGACCGAUAAAAGUAAAAUAGUCAUUGAAAAGCACCAUCAGAAAGAUCAAGAGAAAUCAGAGAGAGAAAAAGAGUUCAAAAUUAUUAAUGAUACUUAUAGGAAUCUAGGGGAAAGAAGUCCCCGAACGGAAAGUGAAAUAACUGAGAAAUCGUUGACUGAUAUAAAGAUUGUUGAUCUUAACUCCCCUUUCGAGAGUGUAAAUCAUUGGAAAAUCUCAUUUUUUGGAAGAUUAUGCCGCAAAAAUUCUAUUAUGAAAAUAUUUCCAUGUAUAAAUAAUAAUUGUUAUAUAGCCAGAUCCAAAAUGAAGCUCUGGCUAUAAUAAAAAUGCAUAGCUAAUUCUAUUAAAUUUUUAAAUUUGUGCAUUAAAAUUUAUAUAAAAACAACUAAAACAUCUUCUGUGAGAAAGUAAAAUUUUUACUCGCUCACUGAAGGGGAGUAAGCUAUCUCCAAUUUUAGAUAAUUAUGAAGAAGAAGAGGAAGAGGAAAGCAGCAAUGAUAUAAAAAUUGAUUACAAUCCAAAAAUAGCUGCCAAGGAUAAUAGAAAGACUCACAAUGUUUCUCUAGAAAUAAAAGCGCCUCUCCUUAUAGAAAGUCAAACUUCUGAUGAGGCACUUAAUAGUUCUGACAUCGCUAAGGAGGGAAGAAAGGCUGACACUGAAAACAUUGAAAAAGAGAAAAAAUUGUCUAAUAAAGAUUUCGAAAAGCAAAAUAUUUCUGGGCUUAGCUCUGAAGGUAAUUUUAAAGCUUCUGAUGAAAUAAUCAUUAGAACUGGAAUUAUAAAUGAAGAAAGAAAAGUUGAUUCUGAAAUUAUUGAAAAAGAAAAUAGUACAUUUAUUCAAGAUUUUGGAGGUCAAAAUAUCUCUGCUAUUGAUUCUGAAAGUAAUUUACAAAAUAAUUAUUUAAAAGGUAUUGAAGAAGUGCAAAAAAUUAGUGUUCAAAGUUCUAGUGAAGCACAAAGUGCUCAUGGAUUUGGCUCAAAAAUUGAGUCAAAAAAGGACGAUGCUGUGAUUGUUGAAGAAAUAAAAGAAGGAGAUAAGGAAAGUAUCAAGGAAGCGCAACAUUUUGCAAAUAGUGAUUUAAAAACUGAGUUAAAAGUACAUGAAAUAAAAACUUUUGAUCUGGAGAGUAAUGGUGCUCAAAUUCAAAAUUCUAUGGAUUUUAGCAUUGAACCAAAAGAAGGGGAUAUUAACUCUCCCCCUCAUUGAGCGAGUAAAAAAUUUUGUUCUCUCACUGAAGGGGGUUAAUUUUUUUAUUUAAAAAAUUUAUAUAUAAAUUUUUAACUAUUUCUUUUUCCAAAAUCUAAAAAUCCAAAUUCGCAAGAAUUAGAAAGCAGAUAUUAAUUUUAAUUUGUAAAAUUUAUGUCUUAAAAUGCAAAUUGCUUAAAAUUAAAUAGAAUUAGCUAUAGUGUUCAUUAUACUAAUUAUCGCUAUAUAUAUUAAUAUUUUUUCAUAAAAAAAAUUGCAUAUUAAAAAAUUUGGGUUUCUGUUCAAAAAAUAGGGAUUUUUCCAAUGGUUUUUAGUAAGCAUAUUAACGAAGAUAAAAGACUAAACACUGAAAUUAUUGAAAAUCGUAGCAUUCCCAAACAAGAUUACUUAAAAAAUGUUGCUGGAGAAGAAAUACUAGCUGCACAAAGCAGUAAAGAUUCGCAAAAUUAUUUCACAUCUGGCUCAGAUACUGGAAGAAAUGUUAAGAAUGAGGAAAAAAUGAAUAAUGAAAGCAUCAGUGGCACCCAAAAUAUUUCUAUCAUUGCUUCUGAACAAAAUGAUAUCAAAAAUCAACAGGCAGAGGAUGUGAUUCUUAGACCAAGCAACAAUGAAGCUCAACUAAUUUCACCUCAUAGUUUAGAAGUUAAGCAAAGCCAUAUUGCGGGGAUAGAAAAAAAAGAUAGUGAAGACAUCAGUGACCCAGAAAAUAUUUCCCAAACUACUAUUGAUUUAAGACAAAACAUUAUCAAAAAUUCUGAGGAAGAAAAAAAUAUCAUAAGUGGACAUAUUAAAAAUACCAAUGAAGAAAAUGUUUUGAGCGAUAAACAUAAUUUAAGCACAGAUCUAGAGCUAAGCAUUAAAAAGAGCCUUGAAGAAGAGAAAAAAGAUGUCAAUGAAGAUAUUGCUAUCACAGAAAAUAAUUCUGCACUCAAAAUAGAUGAUGAUUCGCAAAUAUCUGAAGAGAAAAUAAUAGAUAAUAAGCUGAUUGUUAGAGUGAAAAAUGAUUCUGAAUUUAAUAAAGGUUUGGAAACAAUAAGAGAUGAAAUAAGAAAUAUUGAAGAAGAGAAAAAAGCAGAUAUUGAUGAAAUUCUAGAAUUACAAAAUGCUUCCAGCUCAGUUGCUGAUUCAAGAAGAUGUGGCAUCCAGGAUAUUGAAAAUUUAGAAAAAGGUAGCUUAAAUCUCACCAGGGAGGAGGACACUAAAGAUAUUGACGAAACUAAAAAAGUCUUUGGACUCAGCUCAAGUGUUGACUCAGUAAAAAGCGAUUUCAAGAAUAUAGAAGAAGGGAAAAAAGAUGAAAUGGAAGAGAUCCAUUCCGAAGUGAAAAGCACUUCUGAACUCAGCUUGGGGAUUGAUUCAGAUAUCGAUAUUAAGAAUAUUGAAGAAGAGAAAAAAGAUCUAGCCAAAGAGAUUCUAGGAGUGCAUAAUGAUCCUGCUUUCAAUGCGAGCCCUGAUCCCAAAAGUAAAGAUAUUAGGAAUACUGAAAAAGAAAAUCAAUAUGUCGGCAAAGAUAGCAAAGUUCGAGACUCAUCUACACUCAGAUCAGAAAUUGAUUCAAAAAUAGAUUAUAUCGAUAUAAUUGAAGAGAAGAAUAAAUACAGUAUUGUAGAAGGUAAAACUAACCCUAUUGAAAUACGUGAAAGUGAGACUAUUGAAGAAGGGAAAAUGAGUGUUAUUGAAGAAGGCGAUACUCAAGCUAUUGAAGAAGUGAAAAUUGAUGCUAGUGAAGAAGUAAAAACUGAAACCAUUCAAAAAGUGGAAAAUGACACUAGUGGAGUCAAGGCUGGCUUUAUUGAAAAAAUAAAAACGGGAGUGUAUGAAGAAGGGGAGACUGGAGAUGCUGGAGAAGGGGAAAAAGAUGCUAUUGAAAAAUUAAAAGCUAAUGCCAUUGAAGAAGUAAAAAUUGAUACCAUUCAUGAAGCUAAAUCUGAUACUAUUGAAAGAGCUAAAACUGAUUUUAUUGAAAAAGUUAAAACAAAUGUUAUGGAAAAAGGUGAAAAUGACAUUAUUGAGCUUAAAACUGAUGCUAUUGAAAAAUUGAAAGUUAGUGAUAUUGAAGAAAUAAAAACUGAAGUUAUUGAAGAAGUGAAAAUCGAUGAUACUCAAGAAGUGAAAACGGGUGAUAUUGACGAAAUGGAAAUUGGUGCUGCGGAAGAAAUUAAAAAGGGUGAUAUUGACGAAUUGAAAAUCGAUGCUACUGAAGAAGUUAAAACGGGUGAUAUUGACGGAGUGAAAAUAGGUGCUGCUGAAGUUCUUGAAGAAGUGAAAAUCGAUGCUACUGAAGAAGUGAAAACAGGCGAUAUUGAUAAAAUAGAAAUCGGUGCUACUAAAGAAAUUAAAAAGGGUGAUAUUGACGAAGUGAAAAUCGAUGCUACUGAAGAAGUUAAAAAGGGUGAUAUUGACGAAGUGAAAAUCGGCUCUAAUAUUGAAGUGAUAAAAAGUGAUAUUGACGAAGUGAAAAUUGGUGCUAAUGAUGAAGUGAAAAAGAGUGAUUUUGACGAAUUGAAAACUGAUGCUAUUGAAGAAGGGAAAACCCGUGCUAUUGAAGAAGGGAAAGCCAUUGCUAUUGAAGAAGGGAAAACUAAUGUUAUCGAAGAAAUAAAGACUGAGGCUAUUGAAGAAGGAAAAAAUGACACUAAUGAAGAAGGAAAAACUGGCAAUAAUGAAGAAGGUAAAACCAAAACUAUUGAAGUGAAAAAGAGCGAUAUUGAAGAAGCAGAAUUGGACUCUACUAAAGAAGUUAAAAAGAGCGAUAAUGAAGAAGCAGAAUUGGACUUUACUAAAGAAGUUAAAGAGGGUGAUAUCGAAGAAGGGAAAACUAACGCUAUUGAAGAAGGGAAAACCUAUACUAAUGAAGAAGGAAAAACUAACGCUACUGAAGAAGGGAAAAUUGACAUUAAUGAAGAAGGGAAAACGAACAUGAAUGAAGAAGGAAAAACUAAUGCUGCUGAAGAAGUGAAAAUCCGUAUUAUUGAAGGUGAGAACGCUAACGCUAAUGAAGAUGUGAAUUAUGGUGUCAUUGAAGAAGCAAACCCUAAUGCUAACGAAGAUGUGAAAAUGGGUGUCACUGAAGAUAGCAGCCAAAUUCUAAUUUCCUCUGGUAUUAGACAAAGUGAGAGCGAAAGUGAUAAUAAAAAUAUCAAGGAAAAAGAAAAAUCAGAGCAGAAUCCAGAAAUUCAUCAACGUGACAUUAAAAAUACUGAAGAACAUGCAAAGAUGAGCUUGGAAUCACAAAAUAUUCCUAAGCUUUUCCCACAAAUCGAAGGUACUGAUAUAGAGGGCGAAAUAAUUGCAAAAGAGGUUGCUGAAACUCAAUAUGCUUUAGGCUCUAAAUCAAAUAAUUCUAAUUUAGAAGAAAAGACAAAUAUCGAAGAAAUUAGCAGCUUAAGAAUAGAUGAAAAUAAUCAAGAGACCAUUAAGCAGGCUGACAGCAAAAACAUUGAGGAAAUAAAUAUAAGAGACAAGAGUCUGGAUCACAAAACUUCAGAGCUAGAUGCUAGCAUUGAAUCAAGAAUAGCUAAUGUAGCAAAUCUAGAGAUUGAAGAAGAUAAUGAGCAAGCCAAGCUUACUCAGAGCAUUGAAUCAAAGCAUGAAAGUAUCAAAAGCUUUGAAGAAGAGGGGAAAAUUAGCAUUGAUUACAGGAGAAAAGAAGAUAUGGAGCAAAACUUAUAUAAAAAAGAUCUCGAAGAAAAUAAGGUUGAAGCUUUGGGUAGGGAAGGGCAAGAAACUGCUGUAGAAAUUCAAGUCGAGCCUGUCGCAAUUUCUCUGAAUCCUGAGUUUCAAAAUUCUAAAGAAGGGACCAUUAUUGGCUCGUCUGCUCCAUUUUUGGAAAAUAAUCCUGAGACAGAAGCAAUACAAAAGGAAAAUGAGAGCUCUAAUAUUAUUAAUACAGAGAAGGAAUCAAGUAAUACCUCAUAUAAUGGCAUUUCACUGCAGUUAGAUAGGAAUACUAAUUCAUCUGCAGUGGAGAAAGAUAAAGUUCCACAGUCAGAAAUUAUUCUUAAAAUUGAAUCCGAAAUUCCAGUGCAAUCAACCAAUGACGAAUCUAAAGAAUAUGAAGCAAAAAAUUUCAAAACUGGCUCUUCUAGCGCAAUAAUAAAAACAACUGAUAAAAACACCACUAAGCCAUAUGAAAAUAGUGAAACAGCCAACAAAAUAGCUCCUUCUACAAUAGUUCAUGAACCUGAGACUAAAGUCAUUCAAGAAAAUUACCUUUCAGCAGAAAAAGCUUUUGCAAAAGAUGUCAGUGUUUCGAUGAUGCUAGAAAAUACAUCCUCAAUUAUAGAAAGUCCGAAAAUAGUAAAUAAUUUCGAAUCAGAUAUGACGAAUCAAGCAAAAUUAGAAAGCUCACCAAGUAGGGGAAGUAUAGGUAUGGAGGAAGAUAAAGAGAGAGUAUCUCUAUUUCCAUAUCAAUAUUUAAGCCUGACCAAAAGUGAAGAAAACAUAUCAGAACAUCAUCAAUCCUCCAUGUCUGAGGCUCCAAAAAAUGUUCAAGAAGUUGCCAAGCUAGCAGAUAGCGGCAAACCCCAAAAAGAGAAAAAACCAGUUGUCAUUCAAAUGAAUCUCGGACCAGGAAAAGUCGAAAAAUUUGAGGUGCGCCCAGGAGACGACCCUGUACAGAUGGCUUAUGAUUUUGCUAAUUCACAUCAGUUUAACCAAAGGGAAAGGCUAAAACUUGUUAAAACAAUGACAGAGUUAAAAGCCAAAUUGAACUAUUAA